UCAGCAACAGUCGACCCAGCCACUCUUGUCGCAGUUGCCGCAUACGCAGGUAAUGUUGAGGGAUCGGUGUCUCGACCCGCCGAGGUGACGGCAGAACAGUUGCUCGACUCGCAACUCCACUCUCCGGAACAAAAGGCCGACUUCAUCACGUCAGUCAUCUCCCAAGGCUUCCUAGGACCAAUUUUCGCCAAAGCAUCGAGCGGUACGACAUGGCGCGGGAGGAAACGUCGCUGGGAAGCGACUGUUGACUAUGCCACCGACACGAAGAGAGAUCCGUGGAUGGAAUUUGGUGCCGAGUACUGCAUUUCAAUUUUCACCUGGGCUGUGGCGCACUCGGAUGCAGUCCUCCUUGGUCAACAUUGGCCCAUGUAUAUCCCCUUUCUUCUGGCGCUACUCGACGACGCUGAAGUCAAACACAAAGCGCAUGGGCUGGCUGCCACACGCAUGUUUCUCGGAAAGUGUCCACCUGCGAUACUGAGGAAUCAAGGUGUCGGAGAGAUUUUGAGCCAAGCGAUUCAGCCGACGCUCGCUUUCCUACCGCCGCUCAUACCCCCCGAUGAGUCUGCUCGACUACUAGAUCUGGCCUACUCUGCCAUUCUUCAACUAGCGCAGAUCGAUUGGCAACCAGACGUCAAUGCCAGAAAUCGUUUCCUGGUCAAACUCCUGCGAGAUGAGUUCUUCGCAGGCUAUCAGCACGCAUCUCAAUACCACGAAGUGACAGAGGUCUUAACCAGACACAGUGCCACCAUAGUGGAGGAGUUGGGUCUUGCUGCUUCGCCCCAUCUC